AUGCCACACAAUAAACCAAAAUCAGCAUCGCUGACUAGCCAAGUGAACAUACAAAGCUCUUCUAUAGAACAAAAACGAGUGGAACGCCUACAUGAACUAAGCAUAUCUUUAAUACGUUCCGUAGUAUUACCUCCAUGUGAAGUCUUCACAGAAUCAAAUGCUGUCGCAUUCAUCAAAAAAUAUUAUAAAAAUAAACCAAUCAAGUAUAACGCAUUUAUACUGCCCGAUAAAAUCAUACUUGCUAGCAAGAACUCAAAAUCGAAUGUCUAUCCUAAACCUUGUAUUUUUUACUCUGAAGUUAAGCAUAUCUUCACAACUUCUCAUAUCCCUAAAUCGGGAUGUUUCGUGUUAUGCAUUGAUUCACGCAGCGAAAAGCAGUCACGUUAUGAAAUGUAUCAAAUCAAAGAUGCAGCGUCUCAUAAUUCAUUUCUGGAUCUGCUAAACUGUUAUAUAAAAGAACAAAAUCGAAUACGACAUCAAUAUUUUAGUGAUAAAUAUAAUCAGCGUGGCACAGACAUACGUAAAGUGAAAAGUACAAACUCUCGCAAAGCAUCUACAUACUCUCAAGAAGACCGAGAAUCUCUAUUUAAUUUUGCCACUUCUGUUUCAAACCUAUCAAACAGUCAGCUGUAUUCCAAAGCUUUAUAA